GUUUCAGUGCAAUUAAUUGAAAAUGACACCCAUUUAAUUGCAAGCAAAAUAUUUUUCCAUAAUCUUGUGGAAAAUAUGUUCCUUUGCAGUGUCCCUGUUUAGCUUGAUUGACGGUGCAAAGAAGCUAGGUCCACUAUUAAUUAACCUUCUUGAUCAUCUCACCUUUUGUCAAUUAGGCGUAGUCAAUACUGCAAGACUUUUUGUGGGUGCUAAGUGCAUUUACCAGCUUUAUUACAAGAAGACCUUUAGAUCUUUUGGUCUCAAUAGUUUACUAUUAAUUGUUUCUAAAUGAGGAUUAUCAUCAUUCAAGUUUUAUCCAACCGGAAACCAGAACUCAUGUGGAUGUGUGAACAUGUGGAAAAUGUUCCUUGACUUGAAAAUAUGACUAUAGAAAAUUUGAUAUCCAUAGGAAAGGUAGCCGAAGGUGACUAUUUAUUUACUUGAAAUCAUAUAUAAAUGUCCUAACCACUCUCGUGUCUCUCAACAAUUAUCAUUUCUCAAAGAAACAUGGAAGUGUUUGAACUUCGGUGGUUUCGUAUCCGUUAUUUCCUGAUCCUGCUCCUGCUUUUUCAGUUUGAUUGCUCAUUGUCUUUCUCUUUCAAUUCCUCUAGUACUCCCCCACGGCAUUGCCCUCCUGACGAGAGCUUUGCCUUGCUCCAAUUCAAAAAUAUCUUAUCAGUCGAUUGCUCUUCUUGUCCUGACUGCUACUAUCUUGAUAGCAUUGGGUCUAUUUAUAAUAGCAAUAUGUCUUAUCCUAAGACAAGCUCUUGGAAAGCGGGUACGAAUUGCUGUUUGUGGGAUGGGGUUAUGUGCGAUACAGAAACUGGCUAUGUGAUUGGUCUCGACCUCAGUUGCAGCUGCCUUCGUGGAAUUAUUCCCUCCAACACCAGCCUUGUUCUCCUUCGCCAUCUGCGCAAACUUAACCUUGCUUUUAAUAAUUUUAGCUCGUCUCCAAUAGCAUCUGUGUUUGGUCAGUUUACUACUUUGACCCAUCUAAAUGUUUCUAACUCAAAUUUUUCGGGCAUAAUCCCAUCUGCAAUGUUCUCUCACCUGCAUAAACUUGUUUCCUCUUGAUCUAUCAGAUAAUGAUUUGAGAUUUGAGGGCAAUAGUUUUGAAAAUCUUUUGGGAAACUUGACGCAAAUAAGAGAACUUUUUCUUGAUGCAGUCAAUUUGUCUUCGGUUGCACCUACUUCUUUUCAUAACUUGUCUUC